UAGACUGCAAGUCAGUAAACUUUGCUUACGCAGCUGGCUCCAUUCAUUCUCUGAAGCCAAUCACUUCCCCUGUGGUGGUUGAUAAGAAUUUAACAGCUUGAGAAGGUGGCGUGUCAGUAUCCUUAGCGCUAAACACGUUCCCAGGCAUAUCAGUAGCCUCUGUCCAUCACCCAUGCUGGAAGCUAUUUGGAAAAGGAGAAACAGAAAUCGGGGAAGGGAAAUCAUGCAUCAUCAUCCUGGCUGGAACGUACGGAAGACUUUAUGCUGUUUUCAUCAUGUGGAUUCACUAGAGAAAUGACCACCUUUGAUCAGCCUAGUAAAAUAAAAAACUUGUUUAUUUGCUGCCUGUGCCCCCCACGGGUGCUGAGGCUCUGGACUUGCAGGCGCCCAAGGACAAGGAGGAAUCUGCUAGUGGGCACCGCGUGUGUGAUCUACCUGGGAUUCCUCAUCAGUCAAGUGGGUCAUGUUUUACCCCAGCACAGAGGAGGACACCAAAAGAUCAGUUCCAGAAGUCUCCAAGAUGCAGCCCAAACUCCUUUUCUGGGCAUCCCACUGGAUGGCACCCUGUCACCACCCGAUUUCCAGGAACCCCAUCUUGUUAGCAAUGGGACCUUGCUGCCACCCAAUGUAGUUUAUAUCACCCUGCGGUCCAAGCGCAGCAAGCCUGCCAAUAUCAGAGGCACGGUGAAGCCAAAGCGCAGGAAGAAACAUGCAACCCUUUUGUCCUACGGGCAGCGCUUUCCAAAAGCCACUUUUAUGGGCCGGGAAGAGGCCUUUGCCCAACAGCCAGCAAGGACCACACGUGCCGCGGGCACAAUGGGAGCAGCAAUAUCUCUGGAGGCAAGAAAGCACCAGCUGGAUAAACACAGGCAUAAAGGAAUGGCAAUCAGGGAGAGGGGUUACCAGAGACCCGGGGGGAUUUCUGGAGUUAUAAAGGCACAGCCCCAGCCUGAGGAAAGUAAUAUCAGGAUUUACAGCGAGAGCUCUCCCUCUUGGCUGAGCAAAGACGACAUCCUAAACAUGCGCAUGCUGGCAGAUUCUCCAAUAGAGAGCAUCCAAGAAGUACCUUCUCACAAAGCAGUUCUGGUAUUAUUCGCAAGAGGUCCUAGCACCACAGGAACUGCUUGUAAUCAGGGACACUGUGGCAUCGUCAAAAGACCCCUCGACAUGAGCGAGGUGUUUGCCUUUCAUUUGGAUAGGAUCUUGGGGCUAAACAGGAGCUUACCUUCUGUAAGCAGGAGAUCGGAGUUCUUCCAAGACGGUCAAGCCUGUCCUGUUAUUCUCUGGGAUUCCUCACUGAGUCCAACAGAUAAUAAUACCCAUUCUUCAGUGAGAUUAACCUGGGGGCGAUAUCAGCAGCUAUUGAAGCAGAAAUGCUGGCAGAAUGGUAAAGUUCCCAAAGCUGAGUGGGGCUGUACCGAAAUCCAUCAUCAUGAGUGGUCCAAGAUGGCACUCUUUGAUUUUCUUCUGCAGAUCUAUAAUCGACUAGACAGAAACUGCUGUGGAUUCAAACCUCUCAAGGAGGAUUCCUGCAUGCAGCAAGGACUGAAGCUGAAAUGUAGUGAUCAGGAUGCUGUUGACCUGACACACAUAGUUCAGAGAAGGCAUGACCGAAGGCACUUGGCCUUUAUAGACAAUAAGGGUUUCUUUGACAGAAACGAGGACAAUCUUGACUUCAAAAUACUACAAGGAAUCAAUGAAUUCCCUGAAUCUGCAGUUUCAGUGCUGAGGAGCCAGCAUUUACGUGAGAAGUUGCUCCAGUCUUUGUUCCUUGACAAAAUAUACUGGGAGAGCCAAGGAGGCAGAAAAGGAAUUGAAAAGCUUAUUGAUAUACCUGUUCAAAUGGAUUAUCACACACUGCUGGGAGUGAGAGAAAAGCACGACUCAGCUGCGCUGAACUUAGAAGAGGGCCAAGUGGAAAUACAAGAGUGUGCCUGAUCAUGAAAAAAAGUCCCAUGGCAACUCUGUCUUCUAGCUUCUCCUCUUCUAUCUUUAGACUGCACAUCCUGAUGCCAAGUCAUUGCCUCACAUUGCCCAGUUGUAUUUUUUUCCAGAAUUGACUUGUUGCCCAAGAAGAGAAAGAAAUCACAAGUCAGGAUUUUUUUAUCUUUUCAGGUUAGGUCAUUUAUUUUUGUGGUGAUAACUUGAUGCAUUCUUCUCCAUUUCUUCUGGACAGGGACUAGUGUUUCCUUGAGCAUGAUACAUGCUUUUUUAUUUGGCUGGCAGUUCAGUGCCAGCUCUUAAAGCAGCAAGGUAAUUGCCAACUAGUAAGUAAUCGCCCUGAAGCUGACCUGGAGCAAUGCCUCUCAGUAGUCCUGAGUUUAAGAGGUCCAAGUAGCCAUGAUGCUGUGCAGUACUUAAAAAUUUGACCAAGCAUGAAAAGCAUAACUGUAAAGAGCAGAUCUUCUGGAGACAAAUCUGCAAAUGAAUGUCCUUAGAAAAUGAAUGGUGGUUUUUACUAGACAUUUUUGGUGGCAGAGGCAUACAGAUCAAGUUAGCAUUAGAGCUAGUCUGCAGGGCGAAACAAUAUUUAGACUUACGUAGAAAGUACAAGGGGGAGGACAGGUGUAUCUCCCUCUGCUGUCCAGUAUGGACCAGACAGGCACAUAAAGGCACUGUCUUCUCCGAACUGCUGCAGGGACCAGUGAGUCCAGAGCGAACGGCCAAGGCAGACUGACCUGCGCCAUUGCUGCACACGUUACACUUUCCAAGGGCACAGGAAUACUUCUUUCUCUGAAAGUCUGAAUUUGGGUCUAGGGUAAGGUGUUCUCCAUCCUGCUCUCACCUUACAGUGGUGCCUUAGCAUUGCACUACGCAUAGCUGGAGGCUUUGCUUUCUAUGUGUUAACAUGCCAUAUUCCUUAUGCAUACAAACACUCUCAUAGUCUUCAGGGAAGUCAGGAGAGGCUUUGUGAGAUUGGGCAGUGGGACUGGACUGUAAAUUGCUUCUAAUUCUCUAAUGUUGAUAACAAACUCCGGAAAGUGCCUUUUCUCCAUAAUGUUUAUCCUGUUGCUGUGGAGCUUGGUACUUGAAUCCAGUAUUGUUAAUAACACAAAGUAUGAUUGCGAUAGUGCUUCUGAGUACAUACUAGCCAAGUUCUAGGUUUUUUGACAAAAAUGAGGAAUUCUGUACUUUUUGAGUGCAUUUGCAUAAAUGCUCCAGUAAAAAAUACAAAAGAAACACUUUGCAGAGCUUGUUUAUUCGCUGCUACUACAUUCAAGGUAUCUGCUCUCCCUUCAGUAACAGGAGUAAACUUUAUUGGGAAAUCAGUCCACUUCCUUUUAAAACAGCAUGUCGUUGGACUGACGUUCCUACACUGUAGCCUAAGUAAUAUUAACGAAUAGCAAAAAAACACUAAGAAGAACUCUACCUAUGAUGGAGAUCGCCAGAAAGCCAAGAAACUGUGUUUUAGUCAUCUUUGCUGGGCAGUCUUCCAUUUAUGGGCAUAUGGGAUCAGACAAAGAUUCAUGUUGCACAUACUACUCGGAAGGGUGUAACCAAUGGCAACAGUCCAAAACCUGUGGGUGGGAAAAGAUGAUUAUGUCAUUCUUGAAUCUGCCUGAAAGCCAGAACCACAUGAAAUGGAAUUACUAAGAAAGUCAAGAGAGUUUGCUGAUUUCAUAACAUUGGAAGACAGAGCUUAAAAUAAGUAGCACAGGCACAGAUGCCUUAAAAUUCCUCGGGAGCCUGCCAGUAAGUUAAUAAUCUUAAAUGUUUCAGAAGCUGAGGACAUGAAAACUUUUGUAGAGCACUGUGAGAGCAGUUUCCUUCUUUUUUUGUGUAUGUAUUCUGUAACGUACUAUAUUAAAACCAGAUAAAUUCCGUGGUUUCAAAUGAGCAAAUACAGAUUUAGGGUACAUAAGGGACAAGCUUCCAGUAGCAAUUCUGGGAACACUUUCAUGCGUGUGUGUGUAUGCGAACACAAACAUACAUGUAUAUGUAUAUAUACCUUGGCUUGUUUCUAUAAAAUGGUCAGUUUGGCUAAUAAAGAGUUGUUUAUACAAUUUGCUGUUUACAUGUAGAAUUGUAUUUGUAAGUGUAAGUCCAAUUUUGGGUAUACACAAGUUGAAGUUUAAACAAAACACUAUUAUGGAUGAAGCUUUUGUUCUCAAAGGAUUAACUCCUCCCUUGCUAACACAUCUAUGUAAUCUUAAAAGUUUUCUAGUUACAAUUGUAAAGAAAAACAGCAAUAUGUUUGUAUCUGAGCUAAACUGCCAGAGUGGUAUCAACUCAGGUGUUUUUAUUGAGUUUUAUAUUAGAUAUUGAAUUUCCAUUUUCUUUUGGAAUUUGUGCAUUUUAAAAGUCAAUUUAUUUGUCCUCUUAUUAGUAACAGUAAAAGCAUUAUCACAAGUAAUGAAUUGUUUGAAUCUCUGCUGCUAUUGUCAUAUAAUGUCCAGGAAUAUACAAAAUAAAAUAAUAUCUUCAUCAGA